AUGAGUAGUGACGGAACAAAUAACGAUGUCGACAUUCAAGUUCCAGAAUCUAAAAAAUCCGAAUUUAGUGGUUUUUUAAAAACCCUUUCUACUUUUACCGGCGACAUAUAUAGUCUAACGUGUCCUAGUUUUCUUUUAUCAGGCACUUCAACACUUGAAUACGGGCAAUAUUGGGCAGACUAUCCAGAGUAUUUUGCCGCUAUUUCUGAACCAACCAAAGAAGUCGAAAGAGCUGUUGCCGUGUUAAAAUGGUUCAUAAGUACUUUAUAUGGUUCAUUUGCAUCAAGAAAAGAUAAAGAUAAAAUUGAAAAAAAGCCGUUCAAUCCUAUCCUCGGUGAACAAUUCUUAGCAAGGUGGGAUGAUAGAAAUGGAUGUGGUGAGACCAUAUUAUUUUCCGAACAAGUGAGUCAUCAUCCACCGAUCUCAGCGGUUUAUCUUGAAAAUAAAAAGGCGGGUGUUUCUGCUAUUGGACACACCGGGCAAAAAAGUCAAUUCAGAGCAACUGCAGCUCGAAUUGAUGUCACACAAGUUGGUCAUAUAAUAAUUCAUUUACGAGAUCAUCCAGAAAAAUAUUUGAUCACUUUGCCAUCUUUACAAAUUCUUGGAUUAUGGAAAGGAGCUCCUUAUGUAGAAUUGAGUGGGCAUAGCGUGAUUCAAUCCAAGAAUUUUAAUAUAGUCAUUGAAUUUAGCGGAAAGGGAUGGCUUUCAGGAGAAAAACAUACUUUUAAUGGAGUGAUACGAAAGAACGGUUCAAAGGAACCACUUUAUACCGCUUUUGGUAAUUGGUCAGGGAAAUCUACUUUAGAAAAUCAUUUAACUCAAGAAAAGACAAUUUUCUUAGAUAUAGAAGGUACUAAAAGGGCAAAUCCUAUAAUUGCAUCAGAAGAUGAUCAAAAUCCUUUGGAAAGUAGAAAGUUAUGGAAACAUGUUGCAAAAGCUAUUAACGAGGGGGAUUUUUCUACGGCUUCCAGGUUAAAAGGUGAGAUUGAACAGCGUCAACGCGAUAAAGUUAAACGUGGAGAAAACACUUCUCUUCAAUACUUCAACUGGAUAGAAACUGAUCAAGUAUUUUUAAGUCUUAACGAAUUAAUUAAUAGUAAAUAUCAAGUAGAUGAUAAAUAUAAGGAGACGGGUAGCUGGUCCAACUUUUUUUCGAAAGUUGAUUUCAAAAAGAUGGAGCGUAAACGUACACGUCCCGCAAAUGUAUUUGGAGACGACGAUGAACCAUCUUCUCAGGAGCCCGAGAAUAAAAAAAUUAGAAGCUCUGGAACUGGAGUUCCCAGCUAUCGUCCGACCCCUUCCGAUUCUUCUUUACAAAAUGCGGCACCUCGUCCCGAUCAGAUCAAAGCCAUGAUUGCUCAAAAGAAAGCACAACUAGAAGCUAUGGCUGCUUCGUUGAGACCAUCUCAACCUAGACCACCAUCAAUAUCCGUUAAUUCAGCAGUUUUACCUAGUAGUACAUCCACUAGUAUUACUACCUCAGCUUCGAAUUCAUCACAAAAUAAUUUUAUGUCUUCAGGAAUUGAUCCUGACCUUCAACGUAAAAUUCUAGAAGCAAAGGAAAGAGUUAAAGUUAAUUUAGCAAAAGCAAAUCCUUAUCUGCCUUCAACUAGUUCUUUAGCAAAGGCGGCCGAUGAUUCAUCAAAAGCAAAAGGAGGUUUAAAAGUAGAGGCACAUCCCGCGCUAUUAUUAGAUCAAAGUGGCAAAUUAGAUUUAAAGAGAGUUGCAGCAUUAAUUCCAAAGCCAAAUUUUGCUACUGUGAAGGCGAAUCAAAGGGCCUCACCUGCUACUUUAAAACAAGAAACCAAAGUACUAUCAACUCCAUCUGAAGAAUUAAAUGAUAUGUCUCAAAAUCCUUAUUUUGAUCCGAGAGCUGGUUUCGUCGCUCCCCAACGUCGUGGCCGUAAAAAAUUUAAAUUUAUUCAAAGAGGAAAAUAUGAAUCCAUGGGAACACAAAUGCGAGCUCAAGCUAAGUUGGAAAAAUUGAAAGAGGAAAUUGCUCAAAGUGUGAAAAAGGCUGGUAUGGAAGCAGAAUUGGAUUCAUCUGAUAAGGCAAUCAAGAAAGAACCCCCACCUGCUUUAGAAUGGUGGGAUGCUCAUCUAUUACCGAAUAAAACUUAUAAUGAUAUUGAUGCUGGUUUGGUCAAAAUUGACGACGAAGAUUCUCUCAUUUCUUGGUUUGUUCAGCAUCCGAUUCCAAUUGAACCUCCAGGAGAUAAAGGUCCACCACCACCAAAACCUUUAAUGUUGACAAAGAAGGAACAAAAGAAGUUGCGUAAACAACGUCGUCUGGAAUUACAAAAAGAGAAGCAAGACAAGAUUCGUUUGGGCUUAUUACCACCAGAUCAACCUAAAGUAAAAAUGAGUAAUUUGAUGAGAGUUCUUACGAAUGAAGCUAUUCAGGACCCAACAAAAGCUGAAGCUCAAGUUCGUAAGGAAAUGCAAAAGCGGCAAGAAACUCAUUUGAAGACUAAUGAAGAACGCAAAUUGACUGAAGAACAGAGGAAAGAAAAGAGACAAAAAAAAUUGGAAGAAGAUGCCAAGAAAGGCACGGUAGUUUGCGUUUUCAAAGUGAACGAUCUUUCACAUCCUAAAAUGAAAUUUAAAGUUGAUACGAAUGCGCAACAACUUGGUCUUACAGGAACAGUUAUUAUUAAUCCCAACUUUAGUGUAAUAAUGGUUGAAGGAGGGCCAAAGGGAAUUAAAUAUUAUAAAAGAUUGAUGUUAAGGCGUAUUGAUUGGUCUGAUACUACAAGAUUAGGAGAUGGCAGCGGAACUGGCGUUAGUGGAGGAGGCAAUGAGCAAGGUGAAGAUGAGCAAAUGAUGGAACCUCCUAAAGAAAACAAAUGUGUAUUAAUUUGGCAAGGAGAAGUUAAGGAUCGUGGGUUUAAGGGAUUUUGGUUCAAAACUUGUCCAACAGAAAAAACAGCCAAGGAUUAUUUGAAAAAACAUAAAGCCGAACAUUAUUGGGACUUGGCUAGUAAAUACGUUGACGAUGGUCUUGAAUUACCUGUGUUGUGA